AUGACCACCCUAGGUGUCAGCGUCCUCGGCAUAAGUGCUUACUGUGGCUAUUUAUUCGCGUCCUACAGACGAGAGGUGGCUCAGGCGCAGACCCUCGACGUCCCCAAGGACGUAUCGGAUCGCUACAACCACACGGCCGGGACAUUCGACGCGGACGUUGAAAUGUCUGAGAAGCUCAUGCGCAUGGGAAGCAAGCGAAAGGGCCUAGUGCAGCGCGCGCGCGGAGACGUGUUAGAGGUCAGUUGCGGCACGGGUCGGAAUCUCGAGUACUACCAGCUGGGCGAGCGACGGGGUCUCGACGAGAAAGAUCGCGUCGGGCUGCGAGGAUGUCGCUCCGUGACGUUCAUCGAUCUCAGUCCGCAGAUGGUGGAAAUCGCACGGCGGAAAUUCGCCAAACUCCACCCGACCUUCCAGAACGUUGUGUUCCGCGCGCAGGACGCGGCCGACGUCGCGCGGCCUUCGAUCCAGGGGAAGGCUCCUGCGUAUUACGACACCGUCGUACAGACGAUGGGGUUAUGUUCGAUGCCGGACCCUGUAGGCACGCUGCGACAUUUAGGCACCAUCGUCGAGCCGCAGAGGGGGGAGAUCUUGCUUUUGGAACACGGUCGGUCGCACUAUGACUGGCUCAAUCGGGUCUUGGAUAACCUGGCUCCUGCCCACGCGGACCGACAUGGAUGUUGGUGGAACCGGGAUAUAGGCCAGAUUGUCCGUGAGAGUGGAUUGGAGAUAGUUGAGGAGCAGCGGUGGCAUUUUGGGACUACGUGGAAAUACGUGCUUAGGCCGGCAUCGACCUCAUAG